AUGGCUUCCGUCUCAUGGCUCGACGUGCUCGAGCAGGAGCUCAACAUCGACGUUGAUUGGAUGGACCCCGACUUCCUCGUCGAGAUGCAGCCCACCAUCAAGUUUCACGAUCUCACCAGCAACCAGAACUUUGUCGACAUCCAAAUGGGCCAUCCGUCCAACGUCGAGCUGCUGCGCGACACCGCCCGCGAAGUCCGCGACGAGUAUGCUGCGGCCACUGAGGCCCCUGUCCACCCCCUUUGGCUCGCCAUCUACACGCGCAUGGCCGUUCGCAUAUGUAAGAAGGUUGUCGACCACAUCAGUGGCCGUGUCCUCCUCCAGACGUCGCCGUCCCAGGCCUACGAUGCCGCCGCCACCGUCGCGCACGCCCAUCUCUACGACGCCGAGUUUGCUCGGGUCAACAUCUCCCGCGACCGCUUCUGCAUCAAGAUCCCCUGCACGGGCCCGGCCUUGAACGCCGCUAAAAUUCUGCAAGCCGAGGGCAUCCAGACGCUCGGCACCGCCCUCUUUGGUGUUCCCCAGGCCAUGGCCGCGAGCCGGGCCCGCUGCCUGUCCAUCAGCCCCUACUUUAACGAUGUCCGCGCCCACGAAGACCGCUCCUGCUGGCCGUCUGUCGCCGACCCGGCCGUCGAGCACCCCAACGCCGCCCGCCUCGUGCAGAUUUUGGACUUGUACCGCCGCCUGUACGCGGCCACUGGCGAGCGCCAACCGCUGGUCAAGAACGCCAGCUUUGUCUCACCAGAAGAGGCCAUGGCUGCCGGCGAGAUGGGCUGCCAUUCCGCCACGCUGUUCCACACCGCAAUCCGUGACCUCGCCGCCCACCCCUACACAGCCGCUGAGCGGCCCGGGGGCGCUGUGGCUGCUGCAGCCUGUGUGCCCAAACCGGCGGCCGACACGCCGUUUUACAAGGACCGAAAGGCGCCCUCGGCCCGUCUGCAGCCCCUGCUGAGCAUCGAUCCCCUGAACACGGCCGACCCAACCAAAGUCGCCAUUGACUACGACACCGUCACCAAGGUCGACUACCUGGCCGACAACGGCAAGCUGCUGGAUGCGGCCAUUGAGGCUGACCCGGUGGCCAAGGACCGGCUGGCGGCCGCCUUGACUCUGUUCAUCGCUUGUGAGAAGCGGAGCGAGGACAAGGUCGACAAGGCGUUGGUGUCGUUGUAA